AUGGCUUCUCUUCCAUAUCCAACCACGGCCACAGCCAAUGGCCGCUCUUCGUCCUCCACCACCACCCCUCAUUCCACCUUGCUUUCCUCUCCUUUCUUGGCCAAGACAUCAAGAUUUUCCGUACAUACAAAGCGUAACUAUCGCUUCAAAACUUCAAUCAAAGCCAUUGAUGGUGAGAGAAACCCUACUCCAAUCUCUAAGAAUGGUGAAACUCCUAUCGGAAAGUUUGAUAGGAGAAAUGUGCUUAUUGGGUUAGGAGGGCUCUACGGUGCUGCUAGUCUCAGUUCUGACCCAUUAGCCUUUGCAGCACCAGUGUCAGCUCCGGACCUUACAAAAUGUGGUGCCGCAGACUUGCCGGCCGGAGCAAAACCCACCAAUUGUUGCCCUCCUCCGGCGACAAAGAUAGUCGACUUCAAGCUUCCGCCGGUGAACGCCAUGCGUGUCAGACCGGCUGCUCAUUUGGCCGACGCUGAAUACAAAGCUAAAUUUAACAGAGCCAUUCAACUCAUGAAGGCUCUUCCUGACGAUGAUCCUCGGAGCUUCAAGCAACAAGCCAAUGUUCAUUGUGCUUAUUGCGAUGGAGCUUACGAUCAAGUUGGGUUUCCAGAUCUUGAGCUUCAAGUUCACAGCUCAUGGCUGUUCUUUCCAUUUCAUCGGUACUAUCUCUACUUCUUUGAGAGAAUCUUAGGAAAAUUGAUCGAUGACCCAACUUUCACAAUGCCAUUUUGGAACUGGGAUGCUCCCAGCGGCAUGCAGUUGCCGGCGAUGUAUGCCGACAAGAACUCACCACUCUACGACAGUCUUCGUGACGGGAAACACCAACCUCCGACUAUGAUUGAUCUGGAUUACAACGGUUCUGAUCCAAAUAUAAGCAAUGCACAACAACAGUCACAAAAUCUCACUAUCAUGUAUCGUCAAAUGGUUUCUAAUACAAGGAGUGGUCGGCUUUUCUUUGGAAGUCCUUACCGUGCCGGCGAUGAGCCAAAUCCCGGUGCUGGCUCCGUCGAGAACAUCCCUCAUGGCCCAGUCCAUAUCUGGACCGGUGAUCGAACCCAACCUAAUAUAGAGGACAUGGGUAACUUCUACUCAGCUGCUCGAGACCCUAUAUUCUAUGCUCAUCACUCGAACAUUGAUCGAAUGUGGACUAUAUGGAAAACCCUAGGAGGAAAAAGACAGGACUUGACCGACCCAGAUUGGUUAAACGCUUCGUUCGUCUUCUACGACGAGAACGCCAAUCUGGUUCGUGUUCAGGUUAAAGACUGUCUUGAUACCACAAAGCUCGGAUAUACCUACCAGAAUGUGGACAUUCCAUGGCUGAACUCUCGUCCAACACCACGUUUAGCGAGGGUUGUGAGGAAGAUAAAGAAUCUCGGAAUGGCCAAAGCCGCCGACACUUACAUGGCCGACGAUGUUUUUCCGGCGACCCUUGACAAAGUAUUGAAAGUAAUGGUCAAGAGGCCGAAGAAAUCGAGGAGUAAGAAAGAGAAAGACGAAGAGGAGGAGAUACUGGUGAUAGAGAUAGAGGUGGACAGAGACUUGUUUGCGAAGUUUGAUGUGUUUGUGAACGAUGAAGAUGAGGCGACUAGCGGACCGGACAAGAGUGAGUUUGCAGGGAGCUUUGUGAAUGUGCCUCAUAAGCAUAAACAUUUGCAUUUACAUAAGCAUGGGAAGAAGAUAAAGACUCGUCUGAGGUUAGGGUUAACAGAGCUGUUGGAAGACUUGGGUGCUGAAGAUGAUGAGGGAAUUAUGGUGACCUUGGUGCCAAGAAAUGAGUGCAAUGGUGUCACUAUUGGUGGUAUCAAGAUUGAGCUCGAUGAUUGAAUAAAGUAUUCAUCAGAAAAAGUGUCAAAUUUCUUGGAGAAUUAGGGUUUUUUAAUCAGGAUUUGGAAAGUGUUUAGAUUUAUCACGAUUAUUAACUCGAGUUCGAUGACGUGCCGGCAUGCUGUUGU